AUGGAUCGCGAGGAAGCGCGAUCUCGAAUGCUGCGCUUGUGGAUGGCGGCGAGCUCGAGCGAUUCAGCCCGCAUCUCUAUCCACACAAGACAGGGCACUGUGGUGCACACGGACAAGCUGAUUCCCAAUGCUGGACAGACGCUUUUUGCAUGCACGAACCUCGCUACGCCCCUUGGAACCUACACGCACGCUGUGCUGCGAGAUCAGGACGUAGCGCAGCUGGAGUGGCCACUGCCGACCACGGAGCUGCGAGCGAUGGUACUUAACGACAAUUGA